AGAGCAUCAUCAUCUUUGGUUUUACUCGAAAGGUUUCUUCUUGCAAUUCCUGGCCAUCACAUCACCAUGAGAGCUAAAUUAGUCGUCUUUCCAAUACGAGGUAGGAACUGGUGUUUCGCGCGAACAAUCGAUCAUUCUAUCUCUGCCACUCCUGUUUUCUCUCAAUCCCCUUCAACCCUCAGGGACUUUUGGAAAAAUGCUGCUACCAAACCCCUUAACGCCAAAGCUGAGCUCCUUGUGGAUUUCAUUGCCAACAAGAUGAAUAAUGCAUGGACUGGCUUGGAGAAAGCCCAAGAGGGAUCUUUAAAGAAAAAGACUCAUGGCUUGGGGUUGUGGCUCUUGUCGCGGGUUCCUCCUUCGGAGAUGUUUUUGAAGUCUAUAUCGAAAGAAAUCACUGGGGUUGAAGUCAUAUACCCAUCAAGUUUGAACGCUCAACUUGUUCGUCGGAGACUAAGACAUAUUGCUUUGAGGGGAUCAAUUAUACACCGGAAAUAUCUCUACGGUUCUGUUUCACUAAUUCCAUUGACUGCUGCACUUUGCAUUUUACCUUUGCCUAACGUGCCAUUCUUCUGGGUUUUAUUCCGUACAUAUUCUCAUUGGAGAGCCCUCCAGGGAAGUGAGAAACUGAUUGAACUGGUCUCAAACCGCAGCAAGACUUUACAAACACCUACAGAUAGAAAGAAAACUGAACAUAAGGAUUCUAACAGUCAAAGCCAUCAUAAUUCACAUGAACAAAAUUGGGUAUUGAAGCCAUGCAGAGAACUAGACCAAUUGAUUCAUGUAGGAGAAGAUGAAGAUGUACACAAAGGGCUUAGUAGACAUACUAUCAUGAAAAUUUGCAAGAUCUAUAGCUUAAAUACAACCGAUGUUAUAAAAUACGAGAAAGAUAAAUCAUAUAUUUAAUUCUAUUCUACUUUCUUUUCAAUAAUAGAAUGUAAUUUUCUUUCUUUUCAAUAAAAUUACGUUUUAGUUUUUGUUGUUUA